AUGCCAAAGGACGAGAUAACUCAACCACAUCCGGGAGCAGGGACGUUAUAUGUGUAUGGGACUGGUAGGGGAUCGUCACCCUCUGGCAGAGGAAGGGGAAGUAGGAAUAGGAGUAGUGGAAGGGGUGUUUCGCCCUUUGGGAUUGGUUUGCCUUUGGUCAAAUGGGAUGAACUGGUCAAGCACCAUGAAGAUCCUGUUAUCGCUCCUAACCCUGAUCAUCUGCUCAAACACGGUAUAACGGAGUACACCUAUUUACAUUCGUCUUCUGGAGGAGUAUUGGGUAAAGGGAAAUUCAGUACGGUGUAUAAAGUACUGGGAGCGGACGGUUCUUAUUACGCUCUCAAACAUACACCGUUGUAUCCCCAUCAUCCCUUGAUAUCCGCUAGAUUACUCAGAGAACCAACCUUGUUAGCGGAAUUACCUAGCCAUCCAUGUUUGAUAGGGGUAGAAGGCUGGGUGAGGACUGAGGGUCAUUUCUAUCUUAUCGAACAAUACGCUUCUUCACAUGUGCCCCUACCAGCUCAUUCCCUGCCUCUCCAACCAUCCAGAGCAGCCUAUAUCCUCGAUCAAUUGGUGUCGGUCGUACGAGAUACAUUACACGAGAAAGGGAGGGUAUGUCACAGAGACCUAAAGGGUGAUAAUGUCCUGGUGGACGUGGAGACUGGGGAGAUCUUGAUAUUGGAUUUGGGACUCGCAACUCGCUUUUCGGCGAGUGAACCGAAAUUGACCACUUGUUGUGGUAGUCCCGCUUUUCAUAGUCCGGAAAUCGUUCAGGCCCUCGCGAAACCACCUGGAGAAGUAACAUACUAUGGUCCCGAGCUGGAUAUCUGGUGCAUAGCCUUGACCGUACUGUCCCUGUUACUUCAAGUCAAAUUCCCGCUAGGACCCAAGCACACUUCACCGUACGUGAUGAGAGAAAGAGUCAGAGAUCGUCUACAGGAACUAGACGAGAUGUACCCUCCUCAUUCACCUUGGCGACCACCCAAGUCAUCGUUGUCCUCUGACCUAGACCUAGAUUUCGAGAAGAAGGAAUGGAGUAGGGUUAGAAGGGCGAUGAGAGAUUUCCUCGACAUUGAUGGCAAGGUUAGGAUGCACAAGUUUGGCCUAUACCAGCUGGGCGAUAAGAUCAAGCAGAGGGUAUCAGAUUGGGAUGAGAAAGAACAAAGUAGAAGGUUCAAAUCGACUUCUUUCAUCGAAAGUGAGAUCAAAUAUACGCUACCGAUCUACCUCGAUGAUCAGGAUUCUACGAAUACACAUUCGCAUGGGAAAAAAGGGAAGAUUAAGAAAGAUCAGAUCGUCCUGAGAAAUCCGAUGGGGGAAAGUGAAAGACGAUGCAAGAGUUAUAUAAAAUAUCUCUUACGUUGUGCUGGAAUCUUAUAUCACCUCUUACCGACCACUCAGCCUCCUUCGACGCCUUCUACACCUACUAUACCAACCAAUAUAACAACCGGAAAAGAAGACACGGUUUUUCAGUUAGUCAUGAAUGUUCCUUAUGACACAUCGUCAGAUAGUCAACCGAACACACCGAGCGAUCCUCAGAUAGGGUGGUUCCCUUCUCUAUUUUCAUUUCAUAAAAAGCCACCUCCCUUAAAUUCAGCACCGACAUCACCCCAACAGCGUUCUGUAUCGUUGCCACCUUCCAGAAGGUCUCAAAAUCCCACAAAUGGUUCUCAGGUUCGAUCAAGAGACAAGUCGCCUAAAAGAGUGCUGAGAUGUUAUAUUAAAUUGGAGUUCGUGCAUCCACCGCAAACCUCACCGAUAUUAGAUAAACGGAGAGGUUCCGUUGAGACUUUCACCUCGUAUAGGGAUGGUUGGGGUAGUUCUUUCACACCAUUGCAUCCUGUCACUUCCACCACUACUCAGCAUACGGCUACUACUACUGCCAAUAAGAACUAUGCCUUCCCCGCUAGAUCCGUAUCAGUUUCUAGACCACCUCCGAACCGACCUGGGUAUAGACGAUCCGUGUCUCAUGCUCCUUCCGUUCAUCCCAGACAACCCCUCACGAGAGUCUCGACCACUUCAUCAAUACACACUGCACCGCUAUCCCCACUGAGCAGACAAGUUUCCCUAUCUGAUUCGCCACCGGAAGUCACUCCUGGUCAGCUACAGCCUCUCUCGAGAGCGUCCAGUAGAUCAAGACAAUCCAGUCUAGGGUACGCCUAUCACCCUCAUCACAAUGGUGUCGGUCCUGGUGGGCAUAAUGAAGGGAAAAUCAUCGUUCACUUAUCUGAUCCACGAUCAUACCCUAUACUGAAGAAAGCUUUGGAUAUCAAACCGAACAUGAAUAGUAACAAUAACAGCGAUUUGAAUUUAUUGUCACCCAUGACAAUUAGAAGACCAAGCUUAGCUCCUUCUGCUGCUGAGACGGGAGCCGAGACCAACUCAGAGGAAGACGAACGGGAAGUUCCGGAAGAAAGAGGUAGACCUAGAUCUAAAGAUUCGAAUCAUUCGAAUUCAUCGAUAUUACAAUUACAGCAAAUCAAAUCACGGAACUCGAUAAAGGUGAAACACGUUCCAUUACCUGUUAUAUCGCCUGAAAUGGGUGAUCAGAUCGCGCUAGAUGUAAAGCAUGUUGAAGUUGACCAUGACAAAGAAAAAGACACGAAGAAGCACAAGAAUAGAGGUUUGUUAGAUGUAAUAUUUGGUACUACUCGUUCCAGUACGAGAGAUGAUGAAUCCUCACCAUCAUCAUCAGGAUUAGGGAUGAGUUUGGGUACGGGGUAUGGAAGAGCUAUGAGGGCUAAGAGUGUACCCCCCUAUAGAGGGGUUGAUGAGUUGAUCUGA